AUGUGCAACUGGCACAGAGGAUCGGAAAAACCGGCCCACUCACAAUGGAAUCGAGAGAGAAUAAGUGACAGUGGUUGGCCUUGUCGCUGGGACGGAUGCGACAAGAAGUGCGCAUCAAAAGGAGGACGGACGAAUCACGAGAGAAAAGCACACAGAAGGGAGUCAGUGGACUACAAGUGUCCAAAGUGCAACGACAGUUUUUCGGACCAGGCUGCUCUGACGAACCACUUCAAAGGUUGCCAAGGAGGUCAGGGUGGGUUCUGUCCGAAGUGUCAGAAGUCCCUGUCGUUGAGCAACAUGGCAAGACACCGGAGGACUUGUCGAGGAGAGCACCCGACAGCCCCAGAAGUAACCAACACCAUUAUCACAGGACGAUUCGCCGGAACGAGAGCCAGAAUCCAAUGCAAAGAAUGCGGUACUUGGGUGACAAAAAACAACAUUUCAAGACACAGGAUCACAUGUCCUGGAAACUGGGAAUCAAGGCCCCCUCACGGGGCGUAA